AGUCAAUGGGGGGAGCUUGGGGCCUCCAGGACCGCCAGGCAGACAGAGAGUCACUCACUCCUGACCUCACUAGCCUCAAUAAAAUCUAUUAGAGGAGUAAAAGGCUGCUGAUGUGAUACAGAUAAAUCAAAGUAAGUGUCCCCCAUUAGUCCUUUCACUGUCCUUAUGUAAUCUUUUUGUCAUCCAGGAAACAGCAAAGUAUGCGAAUAAGGAAGUUUGUCCUGUUUUUCUCAACGAGGAGUUUUUUGUCUUUUAAUUUGUGGGGGUAAAGAGGACUAGAGGUAAAAGUGUAAGAAAAUAAGUCACAGAAAGGGCGUGUUUUUCCCCUCAUAAGAAGGCGGGGUUUUCUCCCAGGGGUCCUGAGCCAAAAGGGUGUUAUGUAACGGAUAUGCUGCUCCUCAUCCCGAUAUGGAGUCAUCUAAAAGUUUACAAGCAGCGAGUCUGGCCUCAGUCCGCUCCGUGGUCAUGGAAUAUGCGCACAUUUUAGCGGCGUCUGCAGAAGAGAAGAAAGUUACCCCGUGGAGCUGUUUCGUGUCUAGGAUCUGCACUACACGCAUCAAAGUAAUUUAAAAGUGACCUUAAAGAUUGACAAGGAUAAAGUCUUUGCUGGUUAAUGUUCAACUUCAGAAGAAAGGAAGAAAAUCCGGUGUGCCUGGAGAGGAAAUAUGGAAAUGCGACUCCACGUUUAAAUCUCGAAAGCAUCCAGAGAGGACAGACAUGGGCAGCGGGACAAGCCGAGGAAAGAGAGUAGCACCUGCAGAUGUCAGCGAGGUAAACGUGACUAAAAAAGCCGUCACUUCACCUAAACAGGACAGCCGUGCGUUCAAGCCGCUUAAAAUCCAUGCAAUUUUACGCAACGCGCGCAACCGUGCGCAACCGGACAGCCACAGCGAGGGACACGACUCUGACUUCUCCAGAGAGGACGAGGACGUCGAUGCAGAGCUGGAUACGGUGUUGGCAGAAUAUGAGGAGCGUGAAAGGGCCUCUUCGAAGAAAAAUACUGCAAAGAAGACUGUCAUCAGGUCCAAGACGUACGGACUGUGCCACUUUGGUCAGGAGGAUGAAGAGGAGCCUCGCGCGUCCAGAGGAGACGCAGAGCCACGCGGAUCAAGAAACGUAAACAAGAGGAACAACGAUGCUUUUACACACUUCAAAAAACAUACAUCUGUGCCUCCCAGACAGCAAAAUGUGAGCAUUUUACAGAUUUACAGUAAUUCAUUGCAUCUUUGUAACGACAUCACAUCCAAAAAUAAGGAUUAUAGAGAAUCUGUGGCCUUGAUAUGAAAACCUAUCAUGUCUUCUGUCUGUCCUCCUCACAGGGCUUUUUGUCAAGGGAGGCUCUGAUGGGAGCUGUUCCCACAUCAGGACAACAAUCGUAAGUAGACAACACACAUCAAUAAUUGAUAUCAGAGCUCAGUGGAGUAGUAAAACCCGAGGAGAGCCAGAUCAAAUUUUCUUUGAAGGGAUCCAAAUACCAGCCCAUUCUUCUCAGGGCAGAUCAGAUUAGUCAGAUGUCUGUGAGAGAGAUACAAACAAACAAGUGUGCGUUGUAGCUGCCUUGUUGGAGCAGAGAGUGGAACCUGACACAAAACUCAGAGCAUGGGACCAAUACGCACACAUUUUCUUGAACUCAGCAAACCAGGAUGGCCUUCUUUCUUACUGCUCUUUAUGUCUAUGUGGUUUUAGGGUGGAAUUCACACAAAACCAGCAUUUUAAAUCCAUCAUUCAUGUCUUCUAUUGUAUGUUUCUUUCUUCUCUUCCUAGGACGUUUGGCAGCUGCCACAGCUCCUCUCUCACCAUGCCAGUCAUCCUGUACGAUGGCUCAGAAGAAGAGCUGAUGGACACUAUUGAGAGAGAGUUUAGUUGACCCCCAGCUGGGAAUGCUGCAGGAAAGCUGAUGUCCUCUUAAGCUUUUUUUGAUGAGACACAGCAGCUUGCAGAGAACAUUUCGAAAUCAAAAGGGAACCAGGGUUUCUUUAGACAAACUCCUGCUUUGAGGGAAGGCUACAAUAUCUACAUUUCAGCAAGUUUAAGAAUAAGAAGAACUUUAUUAAUCCCUGACUGUCGUCUCAUUUGUCAUGUGAAUCUAAAAGUUAUAAAGUCUAAUGGCUGUUGGUACAAACGAUCUUCUGAAUCUUUGUCGUGCACCAAAGAGAGAGGAGCCAUCCACCACAAUUGACUCUUUGGUGCAUUAAAGGUGUUGUGAAGUGGGUGAUCCAUAUUCUUGAGAAUAGUCUCCACCUUCCUCAGCGUAGAUCUCUCCACCACAUCCUCCACUGACCCAGCCUUUUUCACCAGUUUGUUCAGACGUCUUCCAUCUUUGUGUUUGAUUGCUUCUAUGAAUCUACCCCAUUCUUAUUUAACAACAGGAGGCGAUGUAAUUGUAGCGUAAUAUCUACUUGAACAGAUGCCAGGAGGUUCUCCUUUACAAAGCAGCUCCGGGAACAGUCAGAAGCCUCCUCGGUUUGUUAUCUGCAGUGAGCAGUGAGGUGUCACUGUCACCCCCAGCUGCGGCCUCCCGCUGAGCACACAUCUAUUUAUUCGUUAGCAAGUACUUAUUUGAGUUUAACUCGUCUGUUAAUGAGUAACACUGCUUCAACUCAGCAAGGCACAUUCUUGAGGCUGUAAUAUAUGCAAAGAAAACUUUUCCACCAGCAGUUUUGUGUGUGCACGUUUGUUUCAAGAAGUUACCCUGCAAAGGUACGAGCUGGGAUGUUUAUUCAAGGUUUCCUUCCUGACCACAGUGCCUGCAUUUACUUCCCCACCCUAUGAUGAAGGAAUGUGUGGUAACAGAGACUCCCAGUCAGCAGGGCUCAGUUUUACCCAGCAGCUGUGGCCGAACCACAUUUCAACUUAAAGGCCUGCUGCCACCUAGUGAUAGAAAAUGGAAGUUUAGCAUUUUAGCACAAUCUUGAAGGUUUGUGUAAGAACUGUUUGUGUCAACAUGCUGCUCUUGUUGCAGUUCAACUCAUGAAGAUUUUUAACCAGAAAUGUAGAGAGAGGGUUUGAUACCAUGUUUUGUACAGCAAAUAAAACGGUCCAGUUACAUCUGA